GAGCAAGCGACCGGCAGAGAGAGAGAGAGAGCGAGCGACUGAGGGAGUGUGUGCCAGAAAGAGUCUCAGUCUCUGUGUUAGUGUGUGUGUGUGCGUGUGUGUGUGAGAGAGAGACCGAGAGAGAGAGAAAGCGCUUGUUUCAGUCUCGGUAAGAGGCUGAGCCACAGAAGUUUGAAACUGACUGGAGCUGAAAGAAGACGGUCUCCCUCACCUCCCUCUCUCCUCACUGUUAUUCACUCUCUCCCUCACCGACUUCUCUCUUUCCCUCUCUCUCUUCCUCCCUCUCUCUUUCUCUUCCUCUUCUUCUCUUUCUCUCCCUCUCUCUCCGUCCGUACUUCCCUGUGCGUUUGGAUUACCACCACCGGGACUUCUGACCAGCACUGACGGCAGCCUCCGGUCAUCACCUGUUGGACAUUGGGACAGUGGGACUGCUGAGGGCAGUGGGUCCGGCGAGUGUGUGUGUGUGUGUGUGUGUGUGUGUGUGUGGAGGGGGGCGAGUGGAUGUCUUCAGCGGAUGCCGUGGGUCUGUCCAGACGCGAGUGGAGUCUGGGGGAGCAGCAUGACCCCCCUGCAGUGAGCGACGGGUACGUGGAGGAGGGAUUUGGCCAAUCGAUAAGCAUGUGCACGCGGACGGAAGUGGACGGCGUGCUGUUUGAGGAGGAGGAGGCCGAAGGCUGUGAGGCGCGCGAGUCGGACAGGGACAGCGCUGUGGAGAGCGUCCCCGGCUCCGAGAGCUCGGAUGGAGGACGGUCCACUGAGGGCCUGGGCCUCUUCUUCCCUGAGGAGAAGCGGGGCCAGAUGAACCCCUCCGUGACCUCUGACCUGUCCACGAUCUCCUCGGCGUCCCUGAACGAGGAGCAGUUCGAGGACUACGGCGUGGGUGACGACGCCGAGUACGCGCCCAGCAGCCCUGACGAUGAGAACCGCACCAACGGCCACUCAGACCUGGGAUCCUCCGUGCCCUCCAGUGCGGGCCAGACCCCUCGGCGGGCGCGGCCCCCGUACAGCGGUGAGCAGAUGGACGUGUUCUGCUCCCAGUGCUGCAAGAAGGUCAACCUGCUCAACGACCUGGAGGCCCGCCUCAAGAACCUCAAGGCCAACAGCCCCAGGAAGAUGUCCAGCACAGCGAUUGGCAGGCAACUCCUCCACAACAGCAACAUCAGCAGCAGUAACGGCAGCACGGAGGACCUGUUCAGAGACAGCAUCGACUCGUGUGACAUCGACAUCACUGAGAAGGUGAGUUACCUGGAGAAGAAAGUCGCCGAGCUGGAAAAUGACAAUCUGAUGAAUGGGGACGUCAAGUCCAAGCUGAAGCAAGAGAACACUCAGCUGGUCCACCGGGUGCAUGAGCUGGAGGAGCAGCUGAAGGACCAGGAGGCGCGUGCGGAGCGGCUGAUGGAGGAGGAGCUGAGGAGGCACCGCGAGGCCUUCAGCAAGAUGGAGCGCGACAAGAACACCGAGAUCGAGCUCCUCGCCAACCGGCUUCAGCAGCUUGAGGAGGAGAACACCGAGAUGGCUGUGAACAUGAACCGACUCAAAUCACAGUCUGAGAAACUGGAUGAGGAGAAACAGAGAAUGACCGAUAAACUGGAGGACACCAGCUUACGGCUCAAGGACGAGAUGGAUCUGUACAGGAAGAUGAUGGACAAGCUGAACCAGAACCGGCACGAGCACCAGAGAGAGAAGGACGCCAUGCAGGAGCUGAUUGAGGAGCUGCGGCGGGAGCUGGAGAACCUGCAGCUCUACAAGCUGGAGGCCGAGAGGCUGGGCCGCGUGCGCAGCUCCUCCGUGAGCUUCUCGGACUUCAGCCCGCGCACCCGCGAGGCCGAGCUGGAGCUGGAGGUCAAGAGACUCAAACAGAGGAUGGCUCCGCAGGACUUGCCCACUGAACUGCAGCACCUUGUGUCUGCUGGGGCCAGGCUGCGUCCCAGUCUCCUGGAGAAUCAGAAGCUGAGGGAGCAGAACGAGGAGCUGAACGGGCAGAUCCUCAGCCUGAGUCUCCACGAGGCCAAGAACCUGUUUGCCCAACAGACGAAAGCCCAAUCCCUGGCUGCAGAGAUAGACAGUGCCUCCCGAGAUGAGCUGAUGGAGGCCCUCAAAGAACAGGAAGAGAUCAACAUUCGCCUCAGGCAAUACAUGGACAAAAUCAUCCUGAACAUCCUGGACCAUAACCCCUCCAUCCUGGAGAUCAAGAACUAACUCCACCAGAGGGGACGAGGAGUGGAGACUCUACACUGGACAUAUAGCGCCCCCUGUUGUCUGUGCUGGAACAUGUGAACUGCACCCAUGCUGGAAAACUGGAACUUUUUUGCCCAUGUGUCUUGGGAGGGGGAAAAAAAAGGAAAAAAAGAGAUUUUUUUUGUAUGUCUUUGUUACGAUCUGUGAAUCUUUAAAAGAUAUUAAUACCUUUCAUGCACUUUUUUGAAGAUUAUGCUGUCAUUGCCAUUGCUGUAAAUCAACAAAAACCAUUGAGGGUGAAAUCACUGAGAGGGAGGAGGAGGUGUGGGCAUCCCUGAAGCACGGUGCCAUACGGUGCCAGGCGGUCAGCAACCCUCUGACCACCCUGUGCUUGAGCUAACGGCACAGACGGCCCACGGAGAGGGCAGCAGGGCCAGAGGUCAGAGGUCAGAGGUGUGGAAGAGACAGUAGCGUCUCAACGCGUUGAGAAGUGCUUGUACUACUGACGAGGAUGACGCAGAAUGCUGGGAGGGAGCCGGGUUGUCUGUGACAGGCCAGUUGCUAUAGCGAGAGGUUGUGGUCGUGGUCAGUAUGUGCUAAUAAGGGUCGGGGCUCAUGUUGAAGUGCCUGUGGUCGCGGAGCGGGGAAAACUGAGCGCUCGUAAAACAUGGACCACGAAUGUGAUGAGGGAGAAACAAGAACAGACUGCGGAAGUGAAGUUGGGUGGAGGGGUGGGUGUGCAAGAGACUUGCAUAAGGCAGGUGUAUAUUCUGAAACAAUAAUUGGUUGAAAAGAUGGUGAAACUCACAAAUGUGCACUUGGUAAGAGUAUGUUACGGAGUCAGUUUAAAGGAUAUAAAUGGUGGGUUACUGACCAAGGCUGUAGACCAGAGAGUUGUGGGUCAAGGGUCAUACACUUGAAUGUACAGUACAGUAGCACAGACUAUGUGAAUGUCACAAUGCUGAAAUUAUAUAGGUUACUUAAACAGAGGCGGAGGUCGUUCCUGAGGCGUUCAGUUUGUGUGUGGUCACGGUGAUGCACAGCGCAAGCCCAUCUUUUGCUAACUUUUGGUAACUUAUAAUGAGGGGAGCAUUUUGCAGCAAUCCAAAAUCAUGGUGUGGUUUUGUGAAGUACUGCCAGGUAUACACACACACACACACACACUUGUAUGAGAUCGAUUUGUUUUUCACCAGCAAAUUACUGUUGAAUCUACUUAUGUGGGCUGUCAUGACUCUGCUCAGACACCGAGGGAUAGACUGAUGCAAAUGCACCAGGACUUCUGCAUAUUUGCAAGUGGCUCAAUGACUGUCAACAACAACAACAACAACAACAAUAAUAAUAAUAAUAAUAAUAAUAAUAAUAAUUUAUCAGCAAUGUAGGCUCCAGCCAGAUGAAUAUGACCCAGCCAGAGUGUAUUAUCCAGCAUUUCAGCGACGAAGCCAGUAAAGAUUUCUGUUUUUUGACAGUUGUAUAGGGAUAUGACAUUACUGAAAAAACAUGGAGUCUAGUUUUGCUUCUUGCACAAAGCAGUUUCUUUGCAUGUACUUCUGGUGAUUGUGCCUUGCCUCCUGUCUGUUCCACAUGGAUCCAUGUAGACCAUUAAGAGUAUAGGCUAUAGUAGGCUGACUUUAUAUAGACGUUCAGUGUCUUAAAAAUUUUUUGUGAGAUGUAAAUGUUGUACAGAUUAGUUCAUUUGUUUUAAACUUAGUUUUUUUGUUUUGUUUUGUUUUGUUUUUCAAAUCAGACAAGGCAUUUUCAGAGCGAACAGUAGUGAACUUGUAGCAGGACAUUUGGUGUUCGAAGGUAGUCCUAUCAGGACAUAAUACUCCCAAACCUAGAUCUUUUUCUUUCUUCUUUUUUUAAAAGAACAAUAUUUCAUUUGAUCUCAUGGAGCUUUUGUGAAGUUGAAUGGGGUAUGGCCCGUCUGACUGCUGCUUUAGGUGCUGCCCUGAGCCAACUGAUGAGCUUUCUUCGGAGUGCAUACCUGCACCUUUUUUUUCGUCCCUUUGAAAUUUAAAUGGUAGACCCUAGGCUACGGGAAGAAGCUACCACCAUGUAGCCAAGACCCACUUUAGACACAAGCCGAGUAAAACCUGCAGAUGAGCGGUCAUCAAGUUAAUUGGUCAUCUCAUCUGCAUGGAAUUUGUGUUUUAACAGUCAUACAACACCUGUUGUUAAUAUCCGGUUAAGUCUAUCUUGUAAUGAGUUUGCUAAGCUAAGUUUUUUCCCUUGUGAAAAUAAAAUAAUUGCAUAAUUAAAAUAUGUUGAACAAGUA